GAGCCCCGCUAGAGGCGCAGCCGGUGCGCGUCCCCAGCCACCCCGAGCCGGGCCCGAUUGGACGGCAGGCGGCCUGGGCGAUGAGUCAAGCGGAUCCGCCGCAGGAGCCGGAGGGCAAAGGGGCGGAGAAGGAGGAGCCUCCGACAACGCCAUUGAUUCAAACUCGGCAGCGACAGCCCCGGGUCCUGCAGCCCUCCGGUUGCAGCAGCCGCUCGCCUCCCCGCCGCCCGCUUUUGGAAACUGAACGGAAGUUGGGAUCUUAAUUUGGACCAUUUCAGCAGAGACGUACCGAGGUUGCAGCCUGAGGGUUGAAGGUUCUUCUAAUGAAAUGACCCAGCAGCCACAGGAUGAAUUUGAAAGCAGCGUGGAGAGUGCGGUAGACUGGAUGAAAACCAUCCAGGAGAGAUUGCGAAUCAAUGACAACACCAAGGGUCCUCGAUCUGCCUUGGAGGCCAGGCUAAGGGACACAGAGAAAAUUUGUCAGUUGGAGCCUGAAGGCCGGUUGAAAGUCGAUUUGGUGCUAAUGAAGGCCGAUGCGUUACUUCGGUGCCUCAGUGAGGAGAAAAAGCAUGAGAUUUUAUCUCAACUAAAAGAUGUUAAAGCCAUGUGGGAAGAAACGGCCAUAUAUAUUACUCACUGCCACAGCCGUAUUGAGUGGGUGUGGCUGCACUGGAGUGAAUACUUGAAGGCUCAAGAUGAAUUUUAUGUCUGGAUUCAUAACAUGAAGGUGACCUUGGAGCCUGACAUAGAGCUACAGCUUGGCUUAAAGGAGAAGCAGUGGCAGCUGAACCAUGCCCAGGUCCUGCUGAAUGAUGUCAUCAACCAAUCAACCCUUCUGGAAAGGCUAUUGGAGGAAGCUGCUUCUUUGUAUAAUAGGAUAGGGGACCCUAGUGUAGAUGAGGAAGUACAAAAAAAGAUGAAGCUGGAAUAUGAAGAAGUCAAAACUGAAGCAGAGAGGAGAGUGCAACUGCUUGAGAAGAUAACACAAGAGCACGAGCAAUACAAGACCAACGUUGACCAGUUUCAGCUGUGGCUGACUCGUGUGACAGAAAGAUUAAACAGCUGCCUCAGCCAAGGAGCAAAAAUGCCAGCAGAAAAUAGAAUUAAGUCCCUGCAGGACAUUGCCAAAGAUGUGAAGAAUGGUGAGAAGAAACUGAGACUUCUCGAAGCUCAGUCUGCUGGCGUGAUGCAGAACACCUCCCCACUGGGGGCAGAAAAGAUGAAAGGUGAGCUGGAGGAACUGAAGCAAGCCCUGGAGAAGCUGAAACUGGCGUGCCUUGAGGAAGAGGAGAGGCUGAUGAAGACGCUGCGGUCAGAAAACGCCUACCACUCGCAAGCCAGACUGUUGGAGGCCGAGGUCCAAGAGUUCCGCAAAAGCCUGCAAAGACUCCGAAACAACUUUGAACCAAAUGACCGGGUGAGAAGCGAAGAGGACUUGAUCGCUCUGUGGAGGAGAUACAUGGGAACAACAGCAGCCCUUGCAGAAGAAGAAUCCAAGGUCGAGAGGCUGAAGACUCAACUUAAGGAGCUGUUCAGGUUUUCACAGGACAUGCAGCCUCUGUCGGACAGUGUGAUAUGUGCAAUCCGGGAAUAUCAAAGCCUGAAGGGAAAGACGUUUAAAAUGAGCACGGAGACUGAGACAGAACUGAGGCAGCGCUUUCAAAAUCCUCUCAGGGAGUUCCAGCUGUGGAAACCAUCAGCUCAAAGACUGCUGGACACCACGGCAAAUAUUUCUGAUCCAACCCUGACAGAUGCUUUCUUGCUUCAGAUCGAGGAAUUUUUGGCUGAAAGCUCCCGCUUUAAGGAUCAACUCCUGAUGUUACAGCUGAAAAAGGAUUUCCUGAAUAGCAUCUUUGAUGAAGAGAGGGCAAAAUCUCUGCUGACUGAGGCAGCUGAUGCCACAAAAGAAAGAGAGCACAUUCACAAAGGGCUGCUCCAAAGGAAAAGCAGGUUGCAGGCACUGGCAUCUCAGCAUCUCGACUUCGAUACCGUCUUUAAAGCCUUGCAGAAGAAACUGUCCAGUAUCAAAGCCAGUUUAGAUGCCGAGAAAGAACCGUUGCCUGAUCUGUUGAGUAAACAAUCCCGACUGCAGAGACUGCAGGCCAUCCAAGAAGAAACAGCUGAGUGUGCCAUUCAAUUGGAAGAACUGGAAAAGGGGGCCCAGUCCAACCCAGCUCAGAUGCAUAAAAUAAAGCUGCUUUCUUCAGACUAUCAGAUGCUGAAGAGGUCUCUGGAGACCAGGAUUGCUGAGGGUCAGCUACAUGUGCAGGAACACUGGACGUUUAAUGACAAAUUGCUCGACCUCCAACAAUGGCUUUCAGCGACUAGGCAGAAACUGGAAUCUUACCGUGAUGUCAGCGGGGAAUGGAAGACAAACAACAGAGCUUCUGAUAUGGAGAAACUGCAAGCGGAGUUUCCAGCUAAAGAGAUCCAGUUGCACUUCAUUGAGGCCCAUGGGCAGUUGGUAGAGGAAAAUUCCUCUCCGGAGGGGGUUGCACAUAUCCAGACUGAACUGAAGAAGCUGAAGGGAUCUUGGAAGUCGCUCAGAGACAUGAUGUCAAGUCUCCUAAAAACAAUGUCCCCAAACUGGGUGAUGAUGGAUGCAGGAAAGAAGGUGUCCAUUUCAGACCAGACAUCAGCAGAAGGAUUUGCUUUUUAUUCGGCGGUUGAGCCCAAGCAUUAUCAGAAAAAUCUAGCUAAAGGGGAAGACUCUGGUGAUCUGCAGCUCUUGAAGAACUUUGAGCAAUGGCUGCAAGGAGAAAAUGCCACGCUGUCAAAAAUUCUAGCCACGAAGCCAUCCAAUAACGAAGAAUUUAAAGCAAAACACAGCAAGCUAAUGGAGCUCCAGUGCCACGUUCCUGAAGGGCAGCAUCGCUUUGAAGAACUCCUGAGACUUCCGCCCGCAGUCCGGAAUUCCGAGGAACUGGAGGAAUUGCGCUACCGAUGGAUGCUGUACAAAUCUAAGUUGAACGACUCCUGCGAUUCAUUGAUUACAAGCUUUGGAGAAGAGCCAAUCACAUUCAGAAAGGGGCGAAGGGGCGGUGCCUGUUCCUUCCUACGCCGGGUGUGCUGUGCAGCGCUACCCCUUCAGCUGCUCCUCUUGCUCCUGCUGCUCCUGGCCUUUCUGCUGCCUCUCAUGGAAGAGACCCACAGCUGCAAACUCGCAAACAAUUUUGCACGCUCCUUCAACCUCAUGCUGAGAUACGAGGGUCCACCACCAACUUGAGUAAUCCAAGCUCAUGGAUCCAGUCAAGGUGACAGGUUGUUGUCUAAACAACUUUCAUCCAGGAUAUCUUAUCUACUGCACAUCCCCUGUGGAAUCUAAGACAGCCAGUAAGGGACCCAUGUAAACUGGAAAUGUGGCCAUGUGACUGACAUUGUCCAUAUACACUCAGUCUAUAGAAAUGAAGUAUUCGGCUUCAAAGCGAAAAUUCUGUUUUUUAAAUAUGUUAUAUUUAUACUGUAUAUAUGUUACAUUUUUAUAUGUGUAUAUAUAUCUUGCAAAACAAUUCCUGAAAUCAGCGUUUUCAGCCUAAUUCAGCUAAUUUUUUAAACAUCUCAUUAACAAAACUUAAGCUCAGUGGAACUAGAUGUAACAAGAACGUAUAGAUUUGCUACCAAAAACAGUCACUUCAGAUUCACAAUCCUCUGCCCUUAAUGUGCCAUUAUUAAAACCUGCCCUAUGUUAGUGGCUUUUGCUUGAGAGGGUGUGGGUGGAAAAUGCAUAAUACUAUGAUGUCACAAGGUGUCUGUUGGGGGGAGAGGAAGGAAAGGAGUUUAUUAAGCCUCUUUGAGACUCUUUGCUGGAGAGAAAGGCAGGGUAUAAAUACAAACGCUUCUUCUUUAUUUUAGUAUUUUGAGACAAGCAUUAUGUUGGGAACAUGUGAUUCUUCCAUCUUGAGAGUAUACUUGCCAUUUGUCAGCCCACAGCAAGCUAACUCCCACCCUUGGCUCCAGUCCCAGCCUUCAAUUAUUUCAGGAGCAGGAGACAAAAUAGGACGUUAAAAUGGCAUCAGUGGCAGUGGUGGGAUUCAGCCUAUUCACACCUAUUCGGUAGAACCGGUAGCUAAUUUUUUGUCUAGUUCAGAGAAUGGUUGUAAUCCCACCACUGAGUCCUUUCGUAACCGGUUGCUAAAUUAUUUGAAUCCUACCACUGAUCAGUGGUCAAGACUUCAGAGAUUGUAGGGAUUUCCACCCAGAAGUUACAUCACAUCCUCCAAACCUACACCCCAAAGCGAUAUCACAUUCUCUGCAGCAUUUCUCCAACUCUAUGUUCUUGACAACAGAGACUGGAAACAUUUGUAAAGUGUUAUGAAGGAUGUGAUGCCACAUCCCCUGCAACUCCACUCUUCCUAGCCAAACCCAUAACAUCUUCCACUAUUUGCUAGUGCUGAGUUACCAGUCCUACCUGAGAGAUUUGCAGAGGACGAAAAAAGAAAAAGAUCAACAGCACAAGGCUAAGCAGAGGAAGACAAGUGCAAGACAAAUGUCCUAUGCAAGAUAAUUUUCUAAUAAUAAAUACAAAGGAAAGGAGUGCCAGACAGAGCCCAUUCUCCUGUUGAAGAAAUCAGUUGGGAAGGAGCUGUAAAUUCACAAAUAAGGCAAUUUUAUCCUGUCACUCUUAUGGGAAGAUGCCACAUAUCUUCUUGUUUUCCCCUCAUUAACUAGCUCUGGAUCUACGCAGACCUCCUCUGCACUUUUCUCAAAUUGUUAGUGAACCAAAGGGAGCGACUCUGUGGUUGCACAGCAUGGGUCUAAUGCAUCAGGCUUCUUGCCAAGUACUGCUUUGGCAUUUUUUUUUAAGGAGAAAGACUGGAGAAUAUAUCUCACUGCUCCUCACAGCAUAAUCCAAUUGGGGCUGCCAUCUCACAACUUAGAUGGUGAGAUGUACACCUUGUACAUCAGACCAGGGUCAUUAACAGCUUCUCUAUUCAUGUCAGAGAGAACUGCUUCUUUCUUGCUGCUCCCAUUCUUUGGAAUGGGCUUCCUGAGGCUGGGGCGCAGUGACGUAGGUAUAGAUUUUUAAUGGGGUGGGUUCGGUGACUGAGGGCUUUCUGGCUGUUCCAUUCCAUGCAUUGUUUCAAGCAAGCCAGACAUGUAAUGGGAGGGGUUUGAACCUGAGAAACACCCCCCCCCCUUACCUACGUCCCUGGAUGAGGGGAAGGCCCCAUCCUUGCAGAGAUUCACUCUUCUUAGGUGAAUCUUGAAAUGAAGACCAGCUCUCUCAGUUAUAUUAUUUUUCCCAACCUGUAAUAGAUCCCUUUGCUACCCCUCAGAAUGAGAUUUUUCUCUAGGAGGUUGUAGGACUCUGGGCAGAUUGCAGGAGACAUAACAGAGAGGGGUCAGAGAAAAAUAACUGCAGUAUCACCUUAACGUUUCAGAGUUUUAAUUCCCUUUUUUUCCCUUUAGCAAAACUAAAUUGGAAACACAUUUUUGUAGCUCGAGGUCUCCCCUUCCCCCACUCAGCUUGGGGUUUAUUCUUUGCUGCUUAUUUCAGCACAUCCAGGAUCUCAAACUUUGCCCUAUAAUCCUCUUUAAGUCAAGGAACAGAAAGCCUGAACUUCUCUCCCCUGGUAUAAUGAAUAAGCAAACCAUGCGAGCCUUUGCAGCAGCUCAUGGGAUGGCAGACGGCAGCGAGUCUGAGGUCCUUGUAUUUACUUUGGAACUUCAUGUCAGCCCAUUGCCAGGGAAAAGCAGAGGAUUCUGGUGAGAGCAGAGACUUUCUGCAUACAAAAUAAGGAUGUUUGUGCUUAUAAAGGUGCAUUGACUGAGGCUGUUAGGAAUACAGAGUGGAAUCUAAUGCAGGGCUAAAAGUUCUGUCCGUGGCGUGGACAAUCCAAAGGCCACUCCAAAGGAACACUCCAAAGAAACAAUCCAAUGCAAUGCUUGCAAGAAAUUGAUCUCAUUCAUGGGGCAGAUUCUGCAGCCAGCCACUUCCAAGAAAACUGUCCAUGAUUGCAGCACAAGUAAAAAAAAUAUGUAUUUACUGUGCUUCACAUUUAAGUCAGAGAAUAAUCCCAAUCCCAGACAGCAAUUCUGAUUCUAUCGAAGUGGAUCAGAAACAACCCUUUCUCCAGGGUUGGCAGUGCGGUAACCUGGUCUGUUCUAUAAAUAUCCUCACAGAAAAUAGCAAAAAAAUUCAGCCUAGUACUAAACAGAAGAUACAACUGUUUCAAAGCAAGGAGGCAGCUUUGGAAGAAUCCUCAAUGCCUUCAGUUAACAUGUGCAUUCCUUCUCUGAGGUUGUGUUUUGGUGAAAAAAUGGUUCAAGUCAGAAACAGAGUCUGGAUUGUAUGGAUCAGCUGGCCCUUUUGAUUUCAUUCAGAACUCCCCCCUCAAAAAAAAUUGCAAUUUACAAAAGAAUUUAGUAGAGGCGUGAUUUACUUUAAAAAAAAACACAAGAUAGCUCAUCUGGAAUGUGAGGUAAAGCUGACAGCGAAGUUAGCAUAAUUCUCUGGUCAACAGACUCAUUUCUGUUGGGAAUAGAUUGCCAGGCCAGUGGGGACUGGUGGUGAGGACAUGCGGAGGGGGAGGAGGGGCAUUGGCCAA